GAGCGAGGGGUCGAUCGUCGAUGUUCGCGCUGGAGCCGGUCGCGCCCUCCGGGGACCCGCCCCGGCCGGGCGACCUCAUCGAGAUCUUCCGCGCCGCCUACCAGCACUGGGCCCUCUACCUGGGCGAGGAGCUGGUAGUCAACAUCGUGCCGCACGACUCGGGCGCGCCGGCCUGCUCGGCGAGCGCCAAGUCGGUGCUGUCCCGGCGCGCCGUCGUGCGGCUGCAGUGCCUCGCCGACGCGGUGGGGCCUGACGCGUUCCGCGUCAACAACAAGUACGACGACCGGCACGCGCCGCUGCCUGCGGCCGAGAUCGUGCGGCGGGCGCGGAGCCUCGUCGGCCGCGACGUCUCCUACGACCUCCUGGGCAGCAACUGCGAGCACUUCGUGACGCUGCUGCGCUACGGGGAGGCCGUGUCGGACCAGGUGUCGCACGCCAUGGGCGCCGUGGGGCUGGUGGCCACCGUGGCCGGACUCUUCUCCCUCUUGGGCAUCAUCCGCAGCCGCACGGCCAUGCGAGACUCCUCCUCCUGAUUGUCCGUCUUUCACUCACGCAGCCUCAACGCCAAAGGGCUCACACACGCCGCACGCAUCGAUGCUCAGAGGGGUUAGCCGACCCCGCUUGAGGACAUGGGUACUGUGGCGGCCUCUGCAAGGCUGGAAGCGGGGGAGCGGGGGGGAGAGGGAGGUUCUGCGCGUUAAGGCGUCGUCCCCCAUUCUCGAGAGGUCCCGUUCGUUAACAACUGCAUGCUCGCUCCCGACUUAUUCAUACAGUCUGUUCUCAGAUAGCGCCGCGUGUUGUUUUCACGACGCGACUUGGAUAGAACGCGAUGAAUGUUAUCGGGGAACGCAUUUUUUUAUGACGCGGAUGCGAAUUGGGUAUAAUGCGAACGAGCGAACGGAACUACGUUGCGCACGGAGGAAUCAGCGGUCGCACGGCUGCCUCGGCGUAGCGUCGCACGAGUCAUUGGGAUGCUGCUGGAUGCUUCUAGAUGCUACCCACGCGCAUCGCUCUUUGUUCAGCCUGCGUUACGCAUCUCACGAGUUUUCGCAGACUCUGCUUUAUACAUUAUUUAUUGUGACGUGAUUUUUCCGUAACGCGGUGUUUUUUAGGAACGCAACGCCUGCAUUAUAGAACACGACUGUUCGUACGCACGUGACCCGACCCAAACCUACUUGACAUGAACACGUUUAAAGGUCAAGAGGUCAUCAUGCCAUAUGCUGUUGAUGCCCCGCACCCCCCCCCCCCAAUGCCUGACCAGUUUCCUUCCAUCUGGUCCGGUGUAGCUACUGCUAGUUUCAAGGCUUCAGGUCUCCUCCCUGGUUGACGACCGCUGGGUCCCGCUCCAACGUCGGUCGAUCCCUACACCCCCCCGAUGUGCCCACACACCAAACAUUCGCCUUACGCUCCCCUCCCACCAGCGCCUACAUCUCCCGUCAUGCAUAUAUUGUACAAGACGCGUAUUCUACUGCACCUGGGCAAUAUCGUUAUAUCCAACAGUAUACUCUCACAAUCGGGCCCGGAACAUCUGCCCACCACACAGCGUCGCGGUGCCUUUGACCUCCUUUCCAAAAUCAUCGCCACGGUGAGGUCGUGGCUUCGAUCCAGAUCCUGACGCGUGUAUAUUUGGAGUUGGCAUGUUCUCCUCGCGGUCGCGUGGAUUGUUCUCCGGGUCCUCCGGUU